GGCUGAAGUUUCCACUCCGCUCCGCUUAUCGCUUUCGGCUUCCCCGGUUCUGUUUCUACGGCUGCUCUUUGAGCCUGAGUCGUAUCUAUUUCUGGUUGGUACCGGUGCCAGACAGCGAGCUGCCUCUCUGGUUGGAGUAGCCAAAUCAAAAGCUUCAUGGGGAUUGGCUGCUGCUGCUGGAAGUUUACUUCCUGUUUCCAGCCUUGAGGAAUUAUUGACAGACCGUCCUGAGUGUUAAAUCAGCCUGAGCGUACGCACGCACACACACACACACACACACACACACACACACGCACACACACACACAGUCGGCACAUCCACAGUUUUGGCAGGAUAAUAGCCUCCUGAUUGCCACCCUGUAAUCACAUAAUCACAUCUGCACUCGGGCAAACACACAACUGUUCUGCAAUACACACACCAAGCCGGGCGCUCAUCUGCCGUACUGCGCGGGCACGCACCCGCCCCACCUGUCAGCGAUGACAUCACACAGCCACCAAGAGGGGAUCCUGGGAAAAGAGCAGCCGCUGGAGCUUCUGAAGACAUCGGCGCUCAACCACAUCCCAACAGUGGACAUCAACUCGGCGCUGCCCCUGCGUCUCCCUCCAGCCGCCAUUCCCAUGGACCUGCGCGUGGACCAUCACCAGCAGCAGCAGCAGCAGGUGUCCUCGCUCUCUCCAUCCAGUCCAGGCCCGGCCGGCGGCGGCGGCGGCGGCGUGGUGGGGGCCUCGGUGCGCGAGCAGCAGCUGCAGCAGGAGCUGCUGACCCUGAAGCAGAAGCAGCAGAUCCAGCGGCAGAUCCUCAUCGCCGAGUUCCAGCGGCAGCACGAGCAGCUGUCCCGCCAGCACGAGGCCCAGCUCCAGGAACACAUCAAGCAGCAGCAAGAGCUUCUGGCAUUGAAGCACCAGCAGGAGCUGCUGGAGCACCAGAGGAAGAUGGAGAACCACCGUCUGGAGCAGGAGCUGGAGAAGCAGCAGAGGGAGCAGAAGCUGCUGCUGCUGAAGAACAAGGAGAGGGGACAGGAGAGUGCAGUGGCGAGUACUGAGGUGAAGAUGCGGCUCCAGGAGUUUGUCCUGAACAAGAAGAAGGCGCUGGCCCAGCGGAGCCUCAACCAAGGAGGCCUCCACAAUGACGCUCCCUACUGGUACAGAAAAACCCAGCACAGCUCCCUGGACCAGAGCUCGCCUCCACAGACUGGUGUGUCCACCUACAACCACCCUGUGUUGGGUGUCUACAACCCCCGGGAUGACUUCCCACUGCGAAAGACUGCCUCGGAGCCCAACCUGAAGCUGCGCUCCAGGCUGAAGCAGAAAGUAAGCGAGCGGAGGAGCAGUCCGCUGCUGCGUCGUCGAGACAGCCCCAUCGCCACCGCCAAGAAACGCUCACUCGACAUGGCAGACUCUGCGUGUAGCAGCGCCCCCGGCUCAGGCCCAAGCUCCCCGAAUAACAGCUCCAACAACAUCCCCAAUGAGAACGGCAUCACUGUGUCAGUCUCCAACAGUAUGGAGACGUCUCUGGCCCAGAGGCUGUGCGGCGGUGCUGAGCACGGCUCCAUUAACCAGCUGUCCCUCUACACUUCACCAUCUUUACCCAACAUCACCCUGGGGCUGCCCGCCACUGCCACGUCCACUGCUGCUUCCAAUGUGACUUCGGCCCAGCAGGAUGGAGGUCUGCAGCCGGCCCUCUCCCUCAGCCCUCCCUUCCUCUCCGGCGGCCACUUGACCCCCUACCUGGCCGAGGCCGGAGCGGGAACAGGCGGGCACGGCGCGCACAGUCCACUGCUUCAACACAUGGUGCUCAUGGACCAGAGCCCGGCACAGAGCCCCCUGGUGACAGGUGUGAGCGGCCUCUCUAUGUCGCCAGCAGCAUCCAUGGCCAAGCUGCAGCGGCAGCACCGGCCACUGGGGCGGACCCAGUCGGCCCCUCUGCCCCAAGGGAGCGCCGCGCAGGCUCACGCCCAAGCCCUGGCCCUGCAGCAGCUGGUGGUGCAACAGCAGCACCAGCAGUUCCUGGAGAAGCACAAGCAGCAGUUUCAGCAGCAGCAGCUCCACCUCAACAAGAUGAUGACCAAGCCCAGCGAGUCACCCGUGGGCCGCCAGCACCAGAGCCACCCGGAGGAGACGGAGGAGGAGCUGAGGGAACACCAGGACGGCGGGGCUCUGCCGCCGGGGGUCACCAUCAAGCAGGAGCCCCCCGACCCGCAGGAGCUGCAGGAGGAGGCGCUGCAGCAGCAGCAGCAGCAGCACAUGGAGCGGGAUAGGCAGGUGGAGCAGGAGCUGCUCUUCAGACAGCAGGCCCUGUUGUUGGAGCAGCAGCGGAUUCAUCAGCUGAGAAACUACCAGGCCUCCAUGGAGGCCGCCGGCCUGUCCAUCUCCUUCCCGGGACACCGCCCCCUGUCCAGGGCCCAGUCGUCUCCGGCCUCAGCCUCCUCCUUCCCGAUCAGCGUCCCGGCCCCCGAUCCUCCCGUCAAGCCCCGCUUCACCACAGGCCUGGUGUACGACUCUCUGAUGCAGAAGCACCAGUGUAUGUGUGGAAAUACCAACAGUCACCCGGAGCACGCAGGCCGGAUUCAGAGCAUUUGGUCUCGGCUGCAGGAGACGGGACUCAGAGCGCAGUGUGAGUGUAUCCGUGGGAGGAAGGCCACUCUGGAAGAGCUGCAGACGGUUCACUCUGAAGCCCACGUCCUGCUGUACGGAACCAACCCUCUCCGACAGAAACUUGAUUGUUCGGUCACUCCCAUGUUCGUGCGGCUACCGUGCGGAGGGUUGGGGGUGGACAGCGACACCAUUUGGAACGAGGUCCACUCCUCCAGUGCGGCGCGGCUCGCUGUCGGCUCCGUGGUGGAGGUGGUUUUCAAAGUGGCUACCGGAGAGCUGAAGAAUGGUUUCGCUGUGGUCCGCCCUCCUGGACACCAUGCAGAGGAAAGCACUCCCAUGGGUUUCUGCUACUUCAACUCUGUGGCCAUCGCAGCCAAACUGCUGCAGCAGAGGCUCAACGUCAGCAAGAUCCUCAUCGUGGACUGGGACGUUCACCAUGGCAACGGCACCCAGCAAGCGUUUUAUGAUGACCCCAAUGUCCUUUACCUGUCUAUUCAUCGCUAUGACGACGGCAACUUCUUCCCUGGAAGUGGAGCACCUGACGAGGUGGGCAGUGGGCCCGGUGUCGGGUUCAACGUUAACGUCGCUUUCACUGGGGGUCUGGAUCCACCCAUGGGAGACGUAGAGUACCUGGCUGCCUUCAGGUCAGUGGUCAUGCCCAUAGCCAAUGAGUUUGCCCCGGACAUCGUGCUGGUCUCCUCUGGCUUCGACGCCGUGGAGGGACACCCUCCGCCGCUGGGCGGGUACACUUUGACAUCCAAAUGUUUUGGUUAUCUGACCAGGCAGCUGAUGACCCUCGCUGGAGGCCGGGUGGUCCUGGCUCUGGAGGGGGGUCACGACCUCACCGCCAUCUGCGACGCCUCGGAGGCCUGCGUGGCCGCCCUGCUAGGCCAAGAGCUGGACCCGCUGCCAAAGGCCACCCUCGAGCAGAGGCCCAACCCCAACGCUGUUCGCUCUCUGGAGAAAGUUUUAGAGACUCACAGCAAGUACUGGUGCUCGGUGCAUCGCUACUCACCGCUGCUGGGACUUUCCCUGCUGGAGGCCAAACGAGGAGACUCCGAGGAGGCUGAAGCUGUCAGUGCCAUGGCCUCUCUGUCCGUGGCCAACACCAACGCCAUGGAUCAGAGCAGGCCAGAGGAGGAGCCCAUGGAAGAGGAGGAACCACUGUAACCAGCAUGAGGGCGUCACACUGUUAAUCAUUUUGACCUCUCCGGAGAAGAGUCUCAACUGAUCCCUUCUUUUAGUCCCCCCUAACCCCACUCACCGCGUCAGUCACCUUGAUUGGCAGCCCCUCGGUCAAAAACGAGGGAGAGAAGGGGUGGGCUCAGCCUCAGAGUAGGGAGCCAAUCAGGAGACAAGAGGACUGAAUUGGGUGGGGGGAAAAAAAAUUAACCGUUAACAGUGCUGCUUGGCGGCACUCGCUCAGAGACACUCAUUAUUGUUUUCUUUCAGUCUUCGCACCCCCCCACCCCCCCCCCACACACACACUUUACGCUAUGUGCGUAUGUGGAGUUGGGGGAGGGGGCCGUGAUCAGGUCUCGUCGUAGAAAAGGUGUGAUGAACUGCGGAAACAUAACGGUGCUUUUACACAGCUGACCACAAGGACACCGGGGACAGCGGAACGCUCCUGGCUGUUUAAUUACAGCGCAGGAGUUUUUUUUCUUUUCUCUUUUUCUCAACUGUUCCCCCACCCCCCCCCCCCCCCGACAAAAACAAAGGGCAUCGUGGCAACUGAGAUCACAUUUUACAAGCUGCGUUCACUGUGGACUUUUGUUGGCCGAAGUUUGAGUAGGCUCUUAACAAAGACUUGAUAACAAGACUGUGGCCUCGCCGGACCGGCCUGCCUGUCGUCGGAGGUUGACGAGUUGAGAGAGAGAGGAGUGCCUUGGUGAGGGUCCGCCGGAUUUCAGGAUUGUUCAGGAAAAGAUUGCCUUAAGAUAAGUUUUCUCGCCAAGGAAUCGGCGCGAGGGAAGGAGACGGGAGAGUUUCCGGUCCUUUUUUUUUUCCGUCUUCGUGGGGGCGAGAAUGACAAAAAUAAAGCAAACAAUCUUUCAGCAUGUUUACUUGGAACGUGAUGAAGACACCAUUUACGUCUCUCACAGCCUCUCUUAAAGAGUUAACUUUACUUUUGGAUGGAUCUAUUUUUCUGUAAAAAAAGGAAUAAAAAAAAAAAAAAAAAAAAACGCUUUGUAAAGGUAGUUGCCAGCUUCAGUAGAAAAACGGUGCAAACAUGGAGACCUUCAAACAAGUAAAUCAGAUUGAAAACUGUCCCCAAAAAAAGAAGAAAAAAAGGUUUAGCCUUUGAUGUAGCUUCCCUUUAACUGAAGUCAUUGCUUUGGAAACACAUAAAGCAUGCAUACGAGCAGAGAGAUCAGACAUUUUUGCAAGAUUUUUGAAUGUUAUCCAAAAAGAGAAAGCCAAGCAAGAAAAGCCAAAGCAUGAGUUUGCAUAUCCAGUAGUACUUUCACUCCACUUAGCUGGCAAGUUGACAAACAUUUCUCGCAUCGGUCCUUUCAGAUAAGGCUCCCAGUUACCCAGUUCAAUGUUUACUAAUUUAUUCUUCACACAUCAAGUGAGCAUUUCUUUACGUGUGCCGAUCGGCCUCCCGCGUUUUGCCGGUUGGCGACUACCUUGGUUGCUAGUGUGAGCUAAACAUUUAGUCUUGUACAUUGAAUUGAAUAUAUUUGGAGAGGCAGUCGUCGAGUAUUGCCCGUUUGUAUCUACGUGUUUGAUUUCCACAUCAAGUUGUCAAUUUACAAUAUCAAAAGUGUGUUUGGUAAGCGUGUCCACUUUUUUGUUUUUUAUUGUAUAAGAUUAUUUUUCUAACUUUUUUUCAUCCAUAGAUUUUGUUCCGUGUUUUUAUCCGUUUUCUGGAUAGUUAUAGGGCUGCCAUUCACACGCAUUCACUGUUGUCACUUCUUCUAUACUUUCUUUCUCGUAUUUAUCAAACAUAAGGAGCAACACUUUCUUUUUUUUCUUUCUUUCUUUCUUUCUUUCUUUCUUCCUAUGGCGCUCUUGGCCUUUCUGCAUUUUCAUCAAUUGUGUAUUUUUAACAUGUACUGUUUAUAGGAGAUUUGUAUAUGGAAAAUGUAUAAAUGUACUCUAACUAAUGACAGCUAUGAUAUUGUGAGCGGGAAAAAAAACGGUAGGCUACGGUGGAUGAUAUCACUGCAUAAACUUUUAGAAAGAGCGGCAUAUUUAGGCUAACUCCUCAUCGACUGCACUGUUUUCAAGUUGCCCUCACGUGGAAUAUGUGCUACAUUCCGCGGCACUGCGAUUGACUUCUGAACACCUUCAGAGUAAAACGUUUGAUCACUUUGUUGCCUAAUUGAUACAUUUCCCUCUGUGCAUGGGCGAUUAAUGCACUUACCUUUCGACUGUGACAACACCACACAUCCAGAAAGACGUUUGGAGGCCGUCUUAUGUAGCUAGCGGAGCUUCUCCUUGGUGGGUAAAGAA